CACCAAGGCACCCUCUGAGCUUCCAGACCAUCACCCACCACAACUAAACUCUUUCCCAACUCCAUCAUCAUGCUCACCAAGACAUUCUUCGCCGUCGGCGCUCUCCUCAUCCAGCUCGUCCACGGAGCUGCCGAGCCCCCCGUUUUCAGCUACUCCGUCGUCAAAGUCAAGUGGUCUCUCCCAGUCGACCCCAACAAACCCAACGGCGCCCGCGAUUUUGUCACCGGUACCAUCGAGGAGGCCAUCGCCCAGAUGGACGCCACUCACCCCGGCUGGAGCCAGACCUUCACCAGCAACAUCCAGACCGUGGAUCUUCACGCUUUGAUGGCCCGUGGCAGCAGCCCGAGAGCCAGUCUGCCAACUGCCACUUGGACAGUGGAAAAGGAGCUGCCAACUGUGUCGACAUCCGUGAUGGCGUCCGUUACCUUGGAUCCAUUGACAGCCCUGCCCCCAAUAGCUCCCCUCGCAGCUGCGGCCGUGUUAGCUGCGCUUACAACUCCGCUAUUUGGUGGUGCAAUGACAAUGACUCCGUCAAGGAAAUUGCCUGGAAGAAUAUUGCGAGCAGCGCCUGGUUUCUCCAGGACAACUGCUUGUACUACGAGGGAAGAACCGAGAAGGUUUCCGCCCAGGAGCUCAUGAAGGACAAGUGGAAUGUCUAUGUGACUGGUGACAGGUGCUAAGUUGAUCAGCAUUGCGGCAACAUGAGGGCUUGUUGAUGGAGGCGGAGCAACAGGCGGAUGAGCGGCCUGGACUUUGGAGAAUAGCGGCCUGGAGUGAUUUAGUCAGCAA